AGGAUAUCAGAAUAUCUCUCUCCAUUCUCCCAUCUUCAUCCUAUCGUUAGUUCUUAAUCUCCAGUUUCGCACCAUAUAAAUGGCGCCUCCAAACAAACAUUUCUUCAUUUCUUUCCUCUUUAUAGUUGCUACCAUGAUAUUAUCUAUUCUCGCAGUAGCCGUUAACCAAGAACCACAAAAUUAUGAUCAGACUACCGUUGCUGAUAAGGCAAACCCUCUGAAUUUUACGCCUCCUUCUCCAGUGGCCAAUCCACCCACUCAUCAGUAAUCAAAGCAGGAGCUUUAAUGGAUGUCUUGGUAUCAGUCGAGCCUGAAAUAGUUUGUAUUUUAAAAUUGUGCUUGUUUUGAGGUCUCAAGAUAUGUCAGGGCGUUUCUUCUUCUUCUUCUUCUUUCUUUGAUGUGCUAGUGUGUGUUUGUGUGUGACAUGCUAUAAUGUAACUAUAUGUCAACAUUCCGAUCAGGCUAUCAAUAAUGAUAUUCUCUCUAU